UGCCGUCACAGAGGACAGACCAUUGACCAGCUUACGAGACCUAGCUAUAAUGACAUCCCCGGGCAACAUGUUACCUGAAAAACAGUUCCAGUGCACCAUCUGUCAGCAGGUGUUCACCGACCCGGUCACCACUCCCUGCGGACACAACUUCUGCCAGGCCUGCAUCCAGAGUGUGUGGGACAGCAGUGAUGUCUGCCAGUGCCCCACCUGUAACAAAUCAUUCUCCCCUCGGCCUGAAAUAAACAUCAACACUGCCUUCAAAGAGCUGGCGGACACAUUUAGAAAGAUGAUCGUGUGCGCGUCGGCUUUGCCGCUGUCCGCGGCCCAGCCAGGUGAGGUGGUGUGUGAUGUCUGUGCCACCACCUCCCUGCAGGUGAAGGCCCUGAAGUCCUGUCUGGUGUGUCUGACGUCGUACUGUGAUGCCCACCUGGAGCCUCACCAGAGAGUCUCCGCCUUGAAGCUGCACAAGCUGAUCGAGCCGGUGAAGAACCUGCAGGAGAGGAUGUGUAAGAAGCACGAGAGGCUGCUGGAGAUGUUCUGCAGGGACGAACAGAAGUGUGUGUGCCAGUUCUGCACAGAGACCGAGCACAAAGAUCACCAGGCUGUUACGAUAGAGGAGGAGAGUGGGGAGAGGAAGGUCCAAAUGAAGAAGACUGAGGCUGAUUUUCAGCAGAUGAUCCAGGAGCGACUGAAGAAAGUAGAGGAGGUCAAAAGCUGUCUGAAGCUCAGCACAGUGAGCGCAGAGAAGGAGAUGAAGGAGAGCGACCGUCUCUUUACGUCUCUGAUUCGCUCCAUCGAGGAGAGACGAGCCGAAGUCCACACGGAGAUCAAGGAGAAGCAGAAAGCGGCGGAGCAGAGGGCGGAGGAGCUGACCAACGAGCUGCAGCAGGAAAUCACUGAGCUGCAGAGGAGAAACACUGAGCUGGAGGAGCUGAGGAGCAGUGAGGACCACCUGCACCUCUUACAGAGGGUGCCCUCUCUUACGUCACCCCCACCCACCAGAGAGUGGAAGGAGAUCAGUGUCCACCCUGAACUCUGUGUGGGGACUGUGAGUAGAGCGCUUUCUAAAAUGGACCACACCCUGAAGAAUGAGCUGGACGGCCUGAAGAAAGGAGAAAUGAAGAGGAUGCAAAAAUAUGCAGUUGACGUGGUACUAGACCCAGACACCGCCCAUCCAAACAUCGUCCUAUCAGCUGACGGGAAGCAGGCGGGCCGCGGUGAGCUGCUGCACCUCGUUCCUGACAACCCCCAACGCUUUGACCCCGUCAUCUGCGUUAUCGGCAAGAAAGGCUUCCUGUCCGGGAGGUUCUACUUCCAGGUUGCAGUGGGGACAAAGACCUUCUGGGACAUGGGCGUGGUCAAAGAGUCUGUCAACAGGAAGGGGAUGAUCACCUCCAAGCCAGAGAAUGGCUACUGGACGGUGCGGCUGAGGAACGGUGAUGAGUAUCGAGCUCUGGACUCACCCUCGGUCCUUCUUUCUCUCAAGGAGAAGCCACAGACUGUCGGGGUGUUUACGGAUUACGAGGAGAGGACGGUGUCGUUCUUUAAUGUGGAAAGCAGGUCUCACAUCUACACCUUUACUGGGUGUUUGUUCACUGAGAGGAUCUUCCCCUUCUUCAGCCCUGGUGUUUGUGAUGAAGGGAAGAACACAGCGCCAAUGGUCAUCACAGCUGUCAAUCAUGAGCCUUAGACUUGACGAUGACUCUUAGGGGAUAUUUUGAUUUACAGAACUAAUUCAGUAUUUUAUAGUUAAGUCUUGUUUUCUCUUUAGAUUUUGAAGAUUUUGUCCCACAGUCUCAAUACAAGACAAUAGAGCCUUUAAACUUUUAGCCUUGGUAUGAAAACUUUUACUGCUGCUUGAGAUGUCUGUUCAAACUUCUGCCUGAGGUAUUUUACUACAAAAAUACUACAUUUUAAACAAUUUGCAUUUUCUUUCCAACCAAUAAUGCCUUUUGAAAUAUGCUCAACAUCAUGAUGUGCAGUCGCUUUAAUCUUAAUAUAAUAUGUAGGGUUAUUUGCAUUAUUAUGCAUUGUUCAAUGAGGGGCUGCUGGGGUAAAUGGGUAAAUGUUG